UCUCCCUGUAUUCGUUUGACAAAGCCAAGCAGUGCAUCGGCACAAUGACCAUCGAGAUUGACUUUCUGCAAAAAAAGAACAUCGACUCCAACCCUUAUGACACCGACAAGAUGGCAGCAGAAUUCAUCCAGCAGUUCAACAACCAGGCCUUCUCAGUGGGACAGCAGCUUGUCUUUAGCUUCAAUGAUAAGCUCUUUGGUUUACUGGUGAAGGAUAUUGAAGCCAUGGACCCUAGCAUCCUGAAGGGAGAGCCUGCGUCAGGUAAAAGGCAGAAGAUUGAAGUAGGGCUGGUUGUUGGAAACAGUCAAGUUGCAUUUGAAAAAGCAGAAAACUCAUCGCUCAAUCUUAUUGGCAAAGCUAAAACCAAGGAAAAUCGCCAGUCGAUCAUCAAUCCUGACUGGAACUUUGAGAAAAUGGGAAUUGGCGGUCUGGAUAAGGAGUUCUCAGAUAUUUUCCGACGAGCAUUUGCUUCUCGGGUGUUCCCUCCGGAGAUCGUGGAGCAGAUGGGUGAGUUUCUGACCAAGGCUUGUGCUGCUAAGCAAGCACAAGCUGACGAUAAGCCCUUCUCAUCAUUCCGAGAUGACUUUUCAAAUCCACACAAUGAACACCAGAUAGAGUGUCUCCCAGCCCCGGGUGACAGAUGCUUAAUCAGCAACUCCCUGAAGUCCUUAUACGGAAUAAGCGCCACCAUUCGCGUCAUGUCGCGUAGCGUGCAGCAUAGCAGCGGGAACACCAGAAGCUAG